ACUACCUUUUUUCGCUAAGUUACCAAUGACACCCGUCUCAAUCAAUCCGCCACCUCCCUCGGCUAGCGCCCACGUCGCUCUUUAAGUGAUAACCAAACCUCAGUUCUCCGCCGUUUUUUAUUUUUCCAAUGGAACCCUAAAGGCUAACCCCUCGAAGAAGAAAAAAAAAAAAGCCCCAAAAUCCUCUGAUGGAAAACUUCUCCCACUCUUCUUAUCCGGAUUCUGGCGAUUCUUCGCCUCGUUCUCGAGAAAUUGACUGCGAAAACCAGUCAUGGGACGAGCCGCCAUCAACUAAUAUUACUAAUACUAAUAAAAAUGCUAAUUAUAAGGUUAAAUUUAUGUGCAGUUAUGGGGGCAAAAUCCAGCCGCGUUCGCACGAUAACCAGCUCGCUUAUGUCGGUGGAGAUACGAAGAUCCUGGCCGUUGAUCGUAACAUCAAGUUCUCUGCUAUAAUGGCUAAGUUAUCUUCGCUGUACGGUGGAGAUUCUGAGGUUUGUGUCAAGUACCAACUCCCCGGUGAAGAUCUCGACGCUUUGAUUUCAGUUACGAAUGAUGAAGAUCUCGAGCACAUGAUGUUAGAAUACGAUAGGUUGCAUCGAACCUCCGCGAAACCUGCCAGGUUGAGGCUAUUUUUGUUCCCGUUGAAUCCACCGUUGAUGGCUUUGGGAUUUGGAGAGAGUGAACCUAAGUCGGACCGGCAAUGGUUCGUUGACGCGUUGAAUUCGAAGCAGAUUCAAAAUCUGAAUGGUUCUUCGCCUCCAGCUGCGGCGGUGCCAGCGUCAAAUCCCGAUCUCCUAUUGGGUUUAGAUAAGGUGAAGUUGCAGGAUUCGGUCCCUGCCCCGGUGGCGGCGGUUGUUCAUGAGGUGGUUGCCAAGGAUGUGACUGCGGGAUCGGACAGCGGAUCGGAGGACCGGCACGUAAAUGCAGAUCCGAUGGUGUCUCCGGCGCAGAUCCAUAGGCAAAUCCAGGAAUUACAGAGGAUGCAUAUUGCCACUACUCAAGAACAAGGCAUUUUACAAAGAAAAAUUGAUGAAUGCAAUCCUAGAGCUUACAACACUCAAGAUUAUUAUAAAACGUCCACGUCACCAGCUCCAGUAUCAGUUCCGUUGCAAAUGCCGAUCCCAACAGCAUAUUUCCCGGAUCGGCAUUUAACUACCGCUGCUUAUCCAGUACCCACAGCCACAGCAGCAGCCCCGGGAACUAACCAACCCGUUUACCUGAUUCCAGCUCCCGUAGCUGGAGUUUAUCAACAGCCUCCUACAUUGCAACAGCUGACUGGACCAGCUUCUCAACCUUACUACGGGGUGCAGCCGGUUUACAAUCCGGUGCCCACCACAAAAGUUGGGGCAUACCCUGAGGGAAUCUCAGUUAUGCAACCAAAGGGUGGAGUUCCUGAGCCAGGGUAUGUACAGGUGGCUUAUGAUGCAGCAGGAAGGCAGGUGUAUUACACGGCGGCGCCAUAUCAGGCGAUGGCACCAAUGGCGGCAGCUGCGGGUGGUGUUGCGGCGUUAAAUCAGGAAGGUAACGCUACCGUGAAUGCUAAGGCUCCUUAACAAUUUGAUAGUAUUGUUUUGUUUAUUAAGUUAUAAUUAUAAUAUAUAGUACUUUGAAUAAGAACGAAGGUUUUUCAUAGGUUUUGGUGAAAUUUUUGAAGUCUUAUCGAACCUUUUUAAAUUCAUUUCUUUAUUUAUUUUGGAUAGUGCUGUUACCUUUGACAUGUUUAAUGUGAGUAUGAUGUGGAUUUUGGCAAUGGCUGUCAGUAGUUGAUUUGCCGAUUAAUUUAUUG